AUGCUCCUCGAAAAAGUGGCACCCAACUUCCUUUCUGAUCAAGAGCUCGACCUAGUGGCGCUUGUAGUUAGCCAGCACCAACGUGCCUUUGCGUUCGAAUACGCGGAGAAGGGUACGUUUUCCCGCGAAUACUUCCCCGAGUACGAGAUCGCCACGAUAGAGCACACACCGUGGCAACAAGCACCCAUACGCGUCCCCAAGGCCUUGGAGAAUGCGGUGCGCACGGAGAUUCUUGACCAGGAAGCUAACGGUCGUUUCGAGAUGACCACUUCUAGUUAUCGCAGCGCGAUCUUCGCUGUAGAAAAGAAGAACAAGGGUGUCCGCCUUGUACUCGACUUGCAGCGCCUCAACGGGGUCACUAUUCGCGAUGCUGGCCUCCCACCUCGCAUGGACGAUUUCGCCGAGAGCUUUGUGGGCUACGCUAUCUACGCCGUGCUCGACUUGUACUCCGGCUUCGAUGCGGUACCUCUCGCGGCACGGUCACGCCCUAUGACCGCCUUCCAUUCCAUCAUCGGACCGCGCCAGCAAACGACCCUGCCUCAAGGCGCCACGAACUCACCUACUGCUUUCCAACAGCGAAUGGAUCACACGCUGAUCCGUAUGAGUGCGGCUGAUAAGGCAAGGCCAUUCUUCGACGACUGUGGCGUUAAGGGCCCACGGACAACAUACGACAACGAACCACUGGCGGACAACCCCAACAUACGGCGAUUCGUGUUUGAGUUCUGCGAGACUCUCGCCGAGUUCCUUGCUACGCUGAUUCUUGCAGGAGUAACCGCUUCAGGUAUGAAGUCGACGCUCGCUACACCGCUCCUGGAUAUCGUGGGGACUCUGGUAUCCCUAUCUGGCUGGCAACUUCAUCACGGCAUCGUCAACAAGGUCCUGAAGUGGGUAGAGCCCGCUGACCGCUCGGAGCUGCGCGGCUUUCUCGGAACGACAGGAUGUGGACGUCGCUGGAUCCGCAACUACUCCCUGGUUGCAAAGCCGCUGACAAUCCUUUUGCGCGGCAGUGAAGCUGACUUCUUCUUCGGUGAUGAAGCGCGCGCAGCCAUGCUCAAACUCAAGAAUCUCGUCACACGGGCCCCUGUAUUGGUGCGUAUCGAUUAUGAACUUGCCGCCACUCACAGCCGUCUAGUGCAUUCAUCUGAGCACGGCUUGAUCAUUGUGGCAGUCGACGCGUCUCUGUACGGCGCAGGAUGGGUUCUAUACCAGGUUCUCGUCAAGCCUCCGCUCGAAACCGUCACAACUACCACCACGGAAUCUCCUUCCAAGCCUCCUCGCGAGCGAAUUGAACGACACCCAGCCAUUUUCGGCAGCCGCACGUUCAAUGCGGUCGAAGCUCGCUACUCUCAACCCAAGUGCGAGCUCUACGGUGUCUUUCGAGCGGUGAAGGACCUUCGCCAUCGCAUCUACGGCGUAUUCUUUAUGCUGGAAGUCGACGCCAAAUCACUGAUCGAGAUGCUACGCCGUCCAGACCUACCUGGCGCUUCCGAGACCCGCUGGAUAUCCUUUAUUCAGACCUUCGAUUUCGACGUCCGCCAUGUACCUGCAAGUGCGCAUGAAGCUCAAGAUGGCCUCUCCCGCCGCCGCACAGCACCCGAUGACAGCUCCGAGUCGGAUGGCGAUCAGGAUGGCUUUAUCGAUCAUGUACUCGACGCCUUGUACGGCCGCCACGACUCCGACUGGAGCAUAUCCUCUGCGGUACAGGCCGAUCGGUACCCGUCGGUGCAGGCUUCUUAUCAGUGUGUCGUCCCGCCGCCGCUCUUCUGCUCACCUUUACCGCGUCAGAUCAUUCCUGCUUCCCUCUUCCAGCCCCUCUUCGCCAGCUUUGUUGCACGAGGACGUGCCGCCGCUAUCACUUCUCCCUCUCGUCUCGCUAUGGACCCAGACAGGCUGCGCCCGCACGAAAUCAUACCUCGCAACGGGCUCCCGACGCCGGGUGAUGCGCGUAUUGAGCGCAUCGACGACUUCGACUUUUCUCCGGGCACGCUGUUCACCUACACCCUCUCGCGAGCUACGGACGACCGCCUCUACAAGUCCGAGCUCAAGUUCACGCGCAAGGUCAACAACGGACCGUCUGCAGACCCGCCCCGCUGCCCCGAUCAUCAUUGUGGCCCUUCGGUCUCAGGCUGUGGCGACAUCUCCGCGGUCUUCAAUGUUAGGCACGCUGCUAUCGAAUGGGCGCCAGACUACUCGUAUUAUUCCACGGACGACUAUCGCUCAUCGGCCUUUCAACCUGAGCAAGAGGAUCCCUUGGACGAGGAGCUACCCCAUCUCUACACCCUGUAUAUGGACCUCGACGAGCGCAACGAUGUUCUAGGUGCGCCGCCGGGUUUCUUUUCUUCAACCCAAGCCUACGAUCAUCCCUUCUAUGAUGUGAUGCGCGCGCGGGGGGAAGAACCGGCGCUAUUUGAGUCCUGCCCCGCUCUUCCAAUGCCGGUUCUGCUCGAUCCCGUAUUCGAGAACCGUGGCGCUAAUACGCGUGGCUUCAUAUCGUGCAUCGGGCACAAGUUUGGUGUGAAGGACGAGGACACACCUGAGAUG